AUGGAAGUUGAUUUUAAUCUGUCACAAACGCUGACGUCGUUUGCUGACAACAUCGAUACCUUUGAGAUCGAUGGGAAUAGGAACCCAGAAGCUUUUUUGGAAGCUGUCACACAAGAACUCGCCGUUAGAAGCAAUGCCAUCUUGUACGAGGAAUUCUGGGAUCCUCUGAUGAACCUGACGCAUUGCUAUCCACAACUCGGAAAUCGCCUUCAAUACAAGCUAGCCUACCUGAUAUCCAGUACCUUGUCGCACCAUACUAACCAGACAUACCAGGUAGUCAACUCUGGAGACAUUGACAUGUUCGCUACACAUCGCAAAAUUCUGGAAUUGUACGGGUACUUGAUCCACGUUCUUCUUGUCUAUCUAGGAAGAGAAGAGACAAGUUUGAAGACUUCCGAGGGGAAGUAUCAUUGGAAUAAAACAAAUAGCGUGAUUGAGCACAUUCUCGUGUCCAUUAUCGAUGUAUUUAAACUCAAACUCAAUCUGUUGUUCGAAACAACCCCCGAGCGCAAUCUAUUCGUUGGUACUCUAUUUUUGAAUCCGGUGAAUGCCUUACUGGAGAGUCCGGAAAGAGCCAAAAUUGUCACCGUCAAGAUGCACGCUUUCAAAGCUAUCUGCAUGGCCAUCAAAUUCCAUGGUCAAGCAUCGCACGUCCAAAAUGCUAUUCUGCAACAUUUGACCUACUUCCAACAUUCCAGUACAGUCAUGGCCGAACUUCUUGAUACCUUGAGUAAACAUUACGACCACCAUCAAUUGACAGACGAAAUAUUAAAAGAAGUCAGCGGACGUCAAUUCAACGAAAAUGACACAAGCGGUCCUAAAGCUAUCAGCACAUUCAUUGUCAAACUUUCAGAACUCAGUCCAAAAGUUGUUAUGCGACAAAUAUCUUUAGUGGCUCAGCUGCUUGAUAAUAACUCGUUCACUCUGAGAUGCGCAGUUGUCGAAGCAGUGGGAAACAUAAUAACUGCUUUGUCAAAGUCUCAGGAGGAGUAUGAUGAGCACAAAACACAAGCAGAUAGUUUUCUGGAACUUUUGGAAGAUCGCUUUUUGGACAUCAACCCAUACGUUCGCUCAAGGGCAAUACAGGCAAUCACAAAGUUGACUGAGAUGACGGUUAAGUUUGUCGAUCGUAGACUAAGAUGGACUAAGCUGGCGGUGAGGCAUUUAGAGGACCGGUCAGGAAUUGUGCGCAAAAACUGUAUCAAACUAUUAACUUCAUUGAUACUUACCCAUCCCUAUAAUGUCAUGCAUGGUGAUAGGCUCGAGCUAACUGUCUGGGAAAAGCGAUUGGAAGAAACCAAGGAAAAGCUCAAAGAGUUACAGCCUGACUUAUUCGAAGGCGAAGAAAACCAAAAGGAAACAGGAGAGCAGAAUGACAGCGAUGCAGAGCAUAGCGACGACGACCAAAUGGAUGUCGACGAAGAAGACAGCGAGAAGGAGGAAGAUGAAAAAGUUGAAAAGAUUUCUGACAUGUCUGAAUCACAAACCAACGAGGAGUCCGAUUCAGAGAAAAAAGCAGAAUCUUCAAUCAUUACCUCGCUGGCCAACGUCGACCCUGCUGUUGUGAACAAGGUUUCUCUUACCUAUCAAUAUUAUACUGAUGCUGUUGAAUUCAUCAAGCUGAUUCAUAAAGCUACAACACUGUGUUGCGAGUUAUUGUAUUCUAGAUCCAAAAAUGAGGUUAUUGAAUCCAUGGGAUUCUUCGUUCUUGCAGACGCGUACGGAAUUGAGAAUUGCCAAAUAGGCAUCAAGAGGAUGCUGCAUCUGGUUUGGAUGAAAGGAAGCAACGAGGAUGGUAACAUGGUCGUCGACAAAUUGAUAGAUUGCUAUAAGAAUCUCUAUUUGACUGCCCCCGACAAGUCAUCAAUGGUACAAAGAUCAUCAUACCUCGCAUCAAAUCUCAUCAGGCUCACGUUUAGCUCCUCCGUUGCCGAUCUGGCGUCUCUUGAAAAGCUACUAGGCGAAUUGUAUACCAAAAACUACAUUGACCAUAAUGUUGUUCAGGUGCUUUGGCAAUUUUUUAGCAGCAAUACUGCUACCAAGCGGCAGAAGAGAGGCGCAAUCAUAAUUCUGGGCAUGCUUUCUGUUACGGACCACGAGAUCGCACUGAAAGGACUUGAUUUGAUUCUGAAUGUUGGUCUCAACUAUGAAAACACGGAUUGGAUUCUUUGUCGAUUUUCAUGCAUAGCGCUGAGAAGAAUUGUGCCAUCUAAGGCCUCUAUCAACGGCUACAGAAUGACGAAAGAGGACGAGGCCACUCAAAAACUUUCAGCUGUUUUAUUGCAGUAUACAGAAGACGGAAACUGGUUUGGAAUGGCAGAAGAGGCCCUCAACUCCAUGUAUGUCAUAUCAUCAUGUCCCGAUGUGGUAUGCUCUAAUAUCUUGAAGUCUAAGGCCAGCGAUGUGUUUUCGUCCGAGUCUGAUGAGUCCCAAGACAAGGUGGCGUCUCUUUCGCAGCUCUUAUUUCUUAUUGGACACGUUGGAUUGAAAACCAUCAUUCAUCUCGAGAAAUGUGAGACUGAGUUUAAAAAUAGAAAGAUAGCAUCCGAAAACAAGAAGACCGAGCAGCAAAAUGAGCUGGACAUGAUCGGAGGUACCACCGAAGAUGAUUUUACAGACGCAGUGCAAGUGGUGAAGGAAAAGGAGCUGCUUUACAGUGAGAACGGUCUGUUGACUCAAUUCGUUCCUCUCCUUAAAGAGAUUGUCACACAUCCAAAAGACUACAACGACAAGAGGUUACAGAGACAAGCAAUCCUUUGUUUGUCCAAAUUGAUGUGCAUUUCUCCGAGGUUCUGUGAAGAGAAUCUUAGUCUAUUCCUCAAGAUAAUGGAAACAUCUGAAGAUCCUGUUGUUCGGAGUAACGCAGUCCUUGGACUGGGUGACAUGGCCGUGUGUUUCAACAAUGUCAUUGACACGAGCAAAGACUUCUUGUAUGGCCGCCUCCAAGAUAAGGAUCUUAUGGUUCAAAGAACUUGUUUGAUGACGGUGACUUUCCUAAUUCUUGCUGGUCAAGUUAAGGUCAAGGGUCAACUGGCACAAAUGGCAAAGCUGUAUGUGAAUGAAGACCCUGGAAUUGCGGAUAUGUGCAAAUUGUUUUUCACUGAGCUUGCUACAAAAGACAAUGCGAUUUACAACGGAUUCAUUGACAUGUUCAGCGGACUUGCGGCCGAUUCCGAACUGUCAAGAAAAUCGUUCAAGGAGAUUAUCAAGUUCGUUGUUCCGUUUUUGGACAAAGAUAAACACAAGCAGCAGUUGGUGAGCAAACUGUAUCAACGGUUGGUCAAAGUUGACGACGAAGAGGAAUGGAACGACCUUGUUUUCGUGAUCAAAGAAAUAAUACCGAAACAGGAGUCCAUUAGAAGGGAGAGAGACGCGCCGAAAACCAAAGUCUACGACGAGGUGUUAACUUUUAUGGAACAAGGUUUCAAGAGGCCGGGCCAGAGAGAAUAG